GGAACAUGUCCUCAGUAUAACCCAAUAAUCCCCGAAUAGUUAAUCAGACCAACGAAUCGUCCAGUAUACUCAUCAACUAAUUGGCGCUCAAAACCCACCGCGAAGACUAGUGUUGCAGGAUCAAAAAUGGCACAGAUUUACGUAAUUGUCACCGUAGCAGCUGUACUUGUCCUAUCACAGGGUGUCACCGCGAAACGAGGUUGCUCUGCAUUCGGUCACUCGUGUUUCGGUGGACAUGGCAAAAGAUCUGGAGAUACUUCUGGUAUGGAGCCGAGUUCUGAAAUGAUAGCCAGGCAUCAGCUAGGACAAGAGGAGACGGCCCCACAUCCCAUUUACCCAAACUCUGGUUACAGUGGGGUGCUGCCUCCUGGUGAUGACAUUAUCCCCGUCAGAGAUGGCGGUGUGUAUGACGACAGCGCCGCCCGAGACGUAAUGAAGUUUAAACUACGAAACAUCAUCAAACAUUGGAUGGACAACUACAGACGGUCACAGCAGAACGACGACGGUUACUUCAUGGAAAACUUGUAAUUGAACUAAGAAAUUUAAAUCCCCAGUCCGUUACCUAAUUAAUAAAUAAAACUAUCUGUCAUAUAACCCGAGGAUUUUGCUUUUUCACACAUUAAUAUUAUAUCAACUAAGUUUUGAAAUUUUUGUAAAAAUUAACUCAGUCACAGAAAAGUUUUUGUAAAAAUUGGGAUGAGUUACGAAAAGGUUUCAUCCCUGGAGGGUUCAAAUAUCCCGGAUUAAUAAUAAACAUAACUUAAUGAUGUUGAAAUAAGGAUUGAAUUGGAGUGCCAUAUGUGGAACUAGAGG